GCAGCUACCACGAUUGUAUUGGGCAGAAGUGCUCCUCAAAGUGAAGAGGACAGUGGGGGGACAGGUGGUUGGCCCGUUCGGUUAGAGCACCCUCUGGCAGGCGGAAGCCAGGCGCAUGCCCUUGCUCACCCCCACGCUCGACGUCUUCCCGAUAGAGUAGAAGCGGCGCGGCGUGGUGCGUCCGCGCGCUUCGGAGUUGAGGGCGGCGCCCAGGACCCUGGUGGGAGAGUGUCGGAGCCGCGCGGAAGGGCGGGAGGCGGCAGCGGUCGGCGGUCGCCGAGCCUGCCUCACAGAGCCUCAGCUCGCGGAGCUAGUGGAGCGCGGCGCUCUUGCGGGCGUGCAGCCUCCAGGGGCCGACGGUCGGCGUGCGGACAGAGCCAUGGCGCGCCCUCCUAACCCGGGACCACUGCUGCCUUUACUCCUGCUACUGCUGUUGCUGCUGGCACCGCUUCCGCUGGGAGCCGCAGACCCUCUCCCCACAGAGGGCCGGCUCGUGAACAGCUGUAUUCAGGCCAAGAGGAAGUGUCAGGCUGAUCCUGUUUGCAGUGCUGCCUACCACCACCUGAAUUCCUGCACCUCUAGUAUAAGCACCCCGUCACCCACACAGGAGCUUUUGGUCCCUGAGGACUGCAGGGAGGCAGCACAGCACCUCAGGAAUAGCUCUCUGAUGAACUGCACAUGCCAUCGGCGCAUGAAGAACCAAGUUGCCUGCCUGGACAUUUACUGGACCGUUCACCUUGCCCGCAGCCUUGGUGACUAUGAAAUGGAUGUCUCUCCCUAUGAAGACACAGUGACCAGAAAACCUUGGAAAAUGAAUCUCAGCAAACUGAACAUGCUCAAACCAGACUCAGACCUAUGCCUCAAGUUCGCCAUGCUGUGCACUCUUAACGAUAAGUGUGACCGGCUGCGCAAGGCCUAUGGGGAAGCGUGCUCGGGGUCCCGCUGCCAGCGCGACACCUGCCUCCGUCAGCUCCGCGCCUUCUUCGAGAAGGCGUCGGAGGCCCACGCUCAGGGCCUGCUGCUGUGCCCCUGCGCGCCGACCGACCAGGGCUGCGGGCAACGCCGGCGCAACACCAUUGCUCCCAGCUGCGCGCUGCCGUCUGGGGCCCCCAACUGCCUGGAGCUGCAGAGCCUCUGUGUUGCUGACCCGUUGUGCAGAUCUCGCCUGGUGGAUUUUCAGACCCACUGUCAUCCUCUGGACAUCCUAGGGACCUGUGCAACAGAGCAGUCCAGAUGUCUGCGAGCAUACAUGGGGCUGAUUGGGACUGCCAUGACUCCCAACUUUGUCAGCAAUGUCAACAUCAGUGUUGCCUUAAGCUGUACCUGCCGAGGCAGUGGCAACCUGCAGGAGGAGUGUGAGCAGCUGGAAGAGUCCUUUUCCCACAACUCCUGCCUCAGUGAGUGUGUUGCACCUGCUGCCAGCCCUGGUUGGAUCAGCUGGACCCAAGGAGAGGAAAAGGUGGAGGCCAUUGCAGCUAAGAUGCGUUUUCAUAGCCAACUCUUCUCCCAGGACUGGGAAGACUCUACCUUUUCCGUGAUGGAACGCAAGAACAAAAAUCCUGCUCUGACGCCACAGCCCUGGGUGCCCUCUCUUUUCUUGUGUACACUUACCUUGAUUCUUCUCCUGAGCCUCUGGUAGCUGGACUUCCUCUGGGCCCCUCUCCCCUCUACCAAACCAGCCUGACCUUCAGCCUGCAAGGGGUAAGGAAAGAGCAGCAUCAGGAAAGAGGUGCAAUAAACAACAUGGCAACCCUCACUCGAUCCAUACUGCAUACCCAGCUGACUCCAGAUGGGACCAUAGUAGAAACUGACUAGCUGAGUUCUCAUUCCCUCCAUAGUCCUUCCUUAGGAUUUGGUGACCAUGAUUUAGCCAUAUCUUCUGGUGGAGACCAUUUCUACCAAGCUGUCUCCUAAUCCCUUCCUCUUGCCCACCAGAAUCACCCAGACUCUAACAAAUCAGUCAUUCUCUAUUGCAUUCUCCAGGUAGGCAGGGCUGGAUGUUCUGAGGCAGCAUACAUAGAACGACAUUCCCCAUUGUGAGGAAGGCUGGUGCAAGACUCCUACCCCCUUGUCUCCUCCUCUGAACAGGGGAUAGGAAUCUGGUCCCUACCCUACCUGGGGAUCCUUCAAAGCAUUUGAGCAUCAAGAGCUGGAGCAUUUGGGCUUUGUUUUCUUCCUGCUACUGUCCUGAAG